UACCACAACAUUUACCUCAAACACCAAGAACUCCACCACAAAACCACAUUCGAACCGAAAACCAAAAACCCUCAGCAUUCUCUAACCGAAACUCGAUGGCCCCCCCACCAAGUGGCGCUCUUAAAAAUGUGGAAGGUAAGUUACCCCGCUGGUCCAGCUAUUUUACCGGCUGCUGAUAUGACAAUCCAGAGAAUCUCCGCGCCGUGAUUGAAACACUCUACGAGAUCUCGGUAGGAGUCCAUGAGUUUCAAGGUCCCGAGUCGGUAGAUGUCAUAGCCAACCUUAUGUCGCUCCCCACUCCCCACUUCCUUCGAUUUCGUUCAGUCGUCUAAUAUCGUCUAGAAACAAACUUUCCACACAAUACCAAACCCUUGAUUCCGUGGCCGCCAAGCCCGAACUCGACGUCGCAGUACCUCGCGAGGUCAUCCAGUACAUCGAAGACGGUCGCAAUCCCGAUAUCUACACGCGCGAGUUUGUCGAGAUUGUCGUCAAACAGAAUCAGUUCAUGAAAGGCAAGAUGGAGGCAUACCGGGACUUCCGUGAUGUGUUGGGGGAUCAGAUCAAGGUUUCGUUUCCGGAACUCAGGGAGAAGGUGGAUGAGGUUAUUGAGGCAACAGGAGGGCGAAGCAAAAAGGAGGGAGGUCAGAAUGGUGGCGGUUCUUGACCGCCAUGGUUACGGGUGACCCUAUUGUCUCUUUUUUUUUCUUCCUAUUUCCCUUAAGUUACAGUGGGCGUUACGGUAUUGUUAGUAAUUUUAAGACCCGAGAACUUGAGUGAGGGGAGUCGUUUUCAUUCUCAAUCAACACCCAAUGCUGUUGAUACUGGACAUUUUGUAAUGGUGCUGGAUUGCAGGAUGCGCAUGUCUUGCUGCAAAAAAAAAUGUCGCGGAAGAAGGGAGUUAACUCCGUAUGGGUUUCCUUGUACCGUGCGGAGCCCGGAACAUUUGCACCGAUUUUUCUAUUACACAGGGAGAUGCUUGCAGCUGGGAGUAACUGUGCAUCCUAAACAUCAAUAAAGGCACCGUACAGUGCUCGUCGGCUAUGGCU